AUGACAGGACAAUCAUCGACAGCAAGAACAACGAGUACGCAGAGUUUUGAUAACCGACUUGAAGAUGACCCCGACAUUGAUAUUGAGGAUGAUGUUGCGGCAGGCGAUGCCAAGCGAUCAGCCAUCCCAUUCAAACGUAUUGGUAUUGGGUUUUUGGUAGCAUCGAUCAUUGUCGCCAUUCUCACCAUCACCAUUCCAUCUGGUAUCAUUGACAAGAUCGAACUCUAUGCAAACGGUGUACUCUUUCGUAUACUCUUUGCAACCUUUUUAAUUUGUCUCUUUAUUUGUCUAUGGUGUAUAUAUUAUCUUGGUGGUGAACAACAUGCUUGGGAGGAUCCAGAAGGAAAUGAAUUAAGUUUAAAUUUCUCAAAUGUAACAGCAAUUAUUGGUAUAGUGAUAGAAUUUGUUCAACUUUGUAGUUUUAGUUGGAAUGAAGGUGCAGAGUAUACAGGUAGUGAGGCAUUGAGAAAUUCAAAUUAUUUGGCUGUUCCCUAUGCAUCUGGUAGUGUCUUUAAUGUCAUGUAUUGGAUUUUAUUUGGUAUUGCUUUCUCUCCCUAUAUUUUCGUUGUAUCUGUUAGAUUAUUAUUACAUUUCUUUACAAGAAGAUUUGGAGAAGCAUAUACAGCAGGAUUUGUAACAAAGUAUCAACAAAAGAUUUAUUCCAUUUUAUGGUUUUUAGUCAAUACAAUGUAUUUACCUGUCAUUUCUACAAUGUUUGGUGGUAUUGAUUGUACUUUUAAGGAUGAUAUGGCAACAUUAGAUUCAAAUACAUCAAUUGAUUGUUUAAGAAAAGUACAUAUACCAUUUAUUGGCAAGGUUAUAUUGGCCGCCAUGACAGUGUUUGCCACAUCCUAUGUUGCCGUCUAUUUGGUGGCAGUCAGCGUUGUCAAUGUUGUAUUUUUAGUGAUCAAUGUGUGGUUGGAACCAUGUAUUGUAUCGUGGGUCAAUAGAAUGCGUACGGCAUUCUUUACGUUUUGUAUCAUUGCCACUGUCACCUCUUGGAUUGCCAUGUCUGACAAUGUGGCCCGAUUCGUCCCUCUCAUCCUCCUCAUCAUCGGUUGGAUUUCAUUUGCCGGCUUUUAUUUUGUAUUCUAUCAUUUCCGUCUAAACAUUCGUGUUUCCAACUUUUUCCUCUCUCUCCUCGGCAAACAAGUCAUCGUUGAAGAAAAAAACAAACGUUCUUCAAGUAUUGUAGCAUCUCAUCCAAAUGAUGUUCAUUUUAGAAAGAAGUGUCCUCUAGUACUGUCUUUAUUAUUAUUAUUAUUAUUUUGUGGUCUUAAAAUUUAA